AUGGAUCUGUCGGACAUGCAGCAGCAGAUGAAUUCGGGGCUGAACUUUGGGGUGAUGAACGCGAUGCGGACGGGCAAUCCCAUCUUGGAUGUGCUGAUUUGCAUGCUGAUUCCAGUGAUCUUAAGCUUCUUUAUGGGGAAUAGCAAUGCUGAUCCCAUGAGCAAGAGGUUUGUAGACACAUGCCAACAGCUGUAUGACUUUGCCACUGGCACAAAGACCUACAUCCGACGCGUUGAAUAUGAGGACCGCGGCUACCGAUACUUUGGUGAUGACAGAACUGCGCUGGACACCUCUGCACGGAACAAUAUCUUGCAGAAGGCGAUCAAGCUUCACAUGCAGGAGAAUUGCACCUUGGAUAUCGAUGACGCAGAGGUCUACUUAAUCCCUCAACGCCAGGUGAAGUUGGAAAAGGACGAAUAUGGCUACGGCUGCAUCUUCAGUGGCAGUUACAAGCAGCUCAUGGCCUAUGCUGUGAACCGACUGCCCAAGAAGGAUCAUUGGGUGUUGGUGGACGCCAAAGAUCCGCCUCUACAUUUCAGACAUGCCUUGGAGGUCAACGAAGAGGGUGAAGGCCAAGGCCGCGUUUGUGUGCGCACUGUCGUCUUCGAGCUGCGCGCGCGAGGGCCCAAGGCCAAGCGCAAGGUGGACGAUUUCAUCGAUCAGGCCUUUGAAUUUUACAAGACAAAGAAAGGCGAGGAGAUUGACAAGAGCGACGCAGCCAAUCGGUGA